UUAUGUGCCUUACUUGCUCCACCACACUAAAAUAACACAAGAGGUUACCUUUCGUGCCUUACACAACCAACUUAAUGCAAACCAAAUCCGUGACGCCAAGAAUAGAGUGCCAAGUCUACAAGUCUAUUUCUAACGUUCUCUAACCAUUCGGUUCAAUUUAAUUCGAUUCAAUUCAAUUUGUGCGUUCCUCUCUCUAUACAAUUUAAUGGAAGUUGAAUCUGUCCGAUUGUGUGUGCUCGGACUUUGCCGUUGAUGGUGUAGUCGUGGCUAAGCCUUGGGCUCGGCUUUUGACUCCUCUCCGCUCCGGGGAGAAUUGCGAAACGGCGGGAUGGAAUCUGUGGAAGAAGGCGGCGGGGAUCACAACUGCAGUAACGAGGAGCAGUUCGCGGCCGCCGCCUCGGCGGUCGCGAGAGGUAAGAGGACGAAGCGGCAGAGACUGGCGCCCGGCCCUGCCUCGCCGGCGGAGGCAUCCAGUAGCGCCGAGGAGGACGAGGACAUGGCCAAUUGCCUCAUCCUUCUGGCUCAGGGCGGCGCGUCGCGAACUCCAGGGGCGGCGAAGGUCGCGGCGGCGGCGGAUGCCUACAGGUGCAAGACGUGCGACAAGACGUUCGCCUCCUUCCAGGCCCUCGGCGGCCACCGCACCAGCCACAAGAAGCCCAAGACCGCGGCGCCGCUCCUCGACCACGAGAAGAAACCGGCCGCGGAGGAUGAGACGGACGGCCCAUCGAUCGCCGCCGACGCUCCGAUCCCGAAACCAGUCACGACGACGUCGUCGAGCAACGAUGAAAUCCUCGCCGCCGCCAGCGCAAAGCAGAGAGUCCACGAGUGCUCUGUAUGCGGAUCGGAGUUCUCCUCCGGCCAAGCUCUCGGCGGCCACAUGAGACGGCACCGCCCGCUGCCGCCGGAAGUCAAAAAGGAGAAGAACAUCUUCUUACUGGAUCUCAAUCUCCCUGCUCCGGCCGACGACGACGACUCCCAGAUAGCCAUGGCUUUCCCCUUCGAAACCCGGCGACCGCCGCUUAUCUUCUCAACAUCCUCCCUGGUGGACUGCCAUUACUAAACCAUCAAGAAUCUGUCAUCAUCAUCAUCUUUCUUUCUUCCUUCCUUUGCAUAUAUACAGUAGAAACAUAUAAACUGGUUAAAAUUAUCUGAAUGAUCAUCACGAUUAUACAUAUCCACAAAACACACAACUGAUUCUUUAGAUUCUUGAUGUUUCUAUAUAUGUUCUUAAUUAACUAACACGAAUUGGAGAUCGAUCAAGUUGAAUAAUCUUAAUUCCAGUGCCAACUCCUUCCUACUCUUCUUCCUGUGGCUGCGGUGGAGUAUACUUGUGGGACUCAUCAAGGAGUAGGAAAAGGAAGGUCAGUUUGGCUUUGGUGAUGGCCUUUGGUUUCUCCACCACCAAGGAAAAGUAAUGGAUCAGGUUCUCACUUCAUCAAGUUUGAUUUGUCCGCAAGCCAACCUCCCCCUCAUAUUAAAUGCCAAAGGAAUAAAAGAAAGAAAAAAAAUAAAGUUGCACAAAAGGGCAAGUAGAUAGACAGGUACCCUCCCUGCCAUGACAAGCAAACCAACACAUUACACACUUGUGGUGACUUGUAGUAGUGUUGCGGAUAGAAAGAUAGAUAGAUAGAUAGAUAUAAAACAACAGUUAACUGCAAAUUAAGUACAUGUAUCUAGAGACUCAUGCUUAUCUCCUUCACUGACCUAAGCCGUCACUGUCAGAACAGAUCAAAGUUGGCCAGCAAGUUGAGCUGAGAUCAAUAGAGAGCACUCCAAGUUGACCGAUGAACCAGUCGUUCAAAUAAAAAAAGAGUCACUUUCAAUGGCACACAUGGAAGCCGUUGUGUUGCUCUUCUUCUUCUACUUAUUCUUUCUCGGAGAAAUUUGUUGGAUAUUGGAAUUUUAAUGGAUCAAUAUCAGUUUUAUAGAAAAA